CCGGCGACGCCGCACAAGAGUACUAGAACAAUUUAAAGACUAAAUCUGACCUAGACUUGACAAUGAUAGCCGCGCAUACUCUGCGUAUCUUGGUGAUGGCUUUAGCAUACACUUGUCACGGUUAUCCUGCACCUACCAACGUGAACCCAACUGAAUAUUUGGAAACGUACGGAUAUCUGAACAAAGACGAGCUACACGAUGCCGUGGACAUGCAGAAUGCAGUCAUGAACUUUCAGCGAAUGGCUAACGUGGAAGUGUCGGGAAACUUGGACAGCGCCACCAUCAGUAUGAUGGAAAUGCCUCGUUGUGGUGUGGAAGAUAUGACGGGCACGGCGAUUAUGGGUACGGAAAUGAACGAAACGUUUUCCCAGUUCACAUCCUAUCGAUCGAAGAGAUAUGCUUUGGCGGGUAGGAAGUGGGACAGAACCAACCUGACUUACAAAUUCGUCAAUUUUACGCCAGAUUUGGCAAUUGUGGAACAGAAAAAAACAAUCGAACAAGCUUUCGCCGCAUGGAGUGACGUCACACCACUGUCAUUUACCGAGGUAUUUGACGGAAGACCGGACAUAUUGCUAGAGUUUUCAAGCGGCGUCCACAGUGAUGGUAAAAAUGCCGCUUUCGAUGGACCGGGCGGAGUGUUGGCGCAUGCCUACUAUCCACAGUUUGGCGAUGCGCAUUUUGAUGACGACGAAUACUUCACAGUGCGUACUUCUGAUGGAGUCAACCUCCUCUUUACAGCCGCACACGAGUUCGGCCACAGCGGCUUGGCUCAUUCGUCCGUAUCUGAUGCGUUGAUGUAUCCUUUCUACCAGGGAUACAAUCCUGAUUUCGCUCUCACAGAAGACGAUAUUCGUGGAAUUCAAGCAAUUUAUGGAGUUCCUGACGCUCAUCCAGAUGAACCUGGCGUCGAUGCCGGCAUGACAAUGGAAACACAUAGCAUCCCUGAUAUAUGUAACACCAAUAUCGAUACGAUAUUCAUGGAUUAUGAUGACGUCACCUUUGUAACUAAAGGUGACUAUAUAUGGCGAAUCAAUGAUGCAGGAGUAGAUGAAGAAUACCCAAGGAAAAUAAAUGAAGAGUAUCCCGAUCUUCCCGGGGAUAUCCAAGCGGCAUUUACAUCGCCCUGGACGCUCAACACAUAUUUCAUCAAAGGAAGGCGAAUUUGGAAAUUCAAAAACCGCACCUUGGCUGGGGGAUACCCCAAACGGACUAAAGACGCAGGCUUGCCACGUGACCCAGACGCGGCGUUCGUAUGGAGUGGAGAAGGCAAAAUUUACUUUUUCAAAGGCUCGCGCUAUUAUACCUGGAAUGAAAUCACCGGCAACGUUAACAGAGGCAACGUGCAGAAAAUAAGGAAACACUGGAAAGGAAUACCGUUAAACGUGGACGGUGCCUUUCAGUGGAAAAAUCGCAAAACGUAUUUCUUCAAAGAUGACGACUACUGGAGGUACGACGAUUUGGAAAUGAGGGCCAGUGGUGGUUAUCCGAAGUCCACCAAACUAUGGUGGGUGGGUUGUGAGGGUCCUGUUAUUGCCGGACGCCUGAGUGCCAAGCCCGCGGGAUCAUCCUAAAGUCCUUCGUCAAUCACAUAGUCGUGAUAUAAUAUAACUAUACGAUGUCAGUCUAUGACAAAGCGUGACUUCUGCACUGAAAACAAUGGCCAAUGAUUACAAUAUAGACACGUGUUUACUAAUUUACAGUGUAAAUUUGACAAUAGGGUUACAUACAUUAAUGAGAAGAAACUCCAACAUUUUUAUUUGAACUGGCAAACUAGUAUAUACCACUAUCAUAUUCCAGGUACAUGGUCAGUACAGUAUAUAUAUAUUUAUUGGAUAAAAAUAUAAAUUACAUGAAUAAUCAUAUUAUACUAAUUCUCAGAUACUACGCAUAACCUUGCAUUUAGACGGUGACGCAAUUUGUUUUGCUAUAAUAUUUAAUAGCACACAAAUCUCAAUUUGUCAACAGAGGGUGAUGUGUAAGUACGAAUAUGUGAAAAAAGACUUCUUGUAUGAAGACAUUAUUUUUUCAGACCUUAGGUAAACUUACUGACUUAUUUUUCAGUAUUAAAAUAAAUAACCAAACUUUUUUAAAUUGUCAUUACUCUGGUCACUGUGAUGGGUUGAAGGGAAAGGGGGGGGGGUAAAUUUGUUGUGCUUGUUAAACAGAAUGUGAUUCGGGAGUAUAGGCAAAAUAAUGUAUGACAAUGGAUGGAAAUGAAUAGGAAACACACCAUAAAACAAGAAACAGGCUCGCGCUUAUAAAUCUACAGAAUACUAGUUGAUACAAUUGUUCGUAGUACGCGUUGAGUUUUCCAUCUGUCAUGAAUUUGUUUUCGCGUAUCUGUUAAUCGACUUAAUUAGCUGGUUAUUAGCGAAUUGCUGUGUUAUGUCUGUCAUCGUUUAGGCCUAUUUGAAGUUUUGGACGGAACUUGGCUCAGUGAUUUGGAACUAAUUACGAGAUAACCGUCGCUAUUCUGACUAAGAUUUCUGACAGUUGGUAUCCGUAGUUAUUAAUGUAGUGAACAAUUAAUCAAAAGAUAUGACGUAUUCAGUACUUAGUGUGAUUGGCUUUAUGAUUGAAGGUUACGCCUAGAGACUUUUUACUGUUUUGUAAUUGGUUAGAGUUUUGAAAAUGAAUAAAGAGAGUUUGAGUUGGUCUUGGGGAGCACAGCACGAUAGACGCAGUCGAGUUCAGUCCUGGAGAGCCUUGGGGCGAGUGUUGACGCAGUCUAGGAGAGUCUUGAUUUCAAAUAAUAAGUAAUUUUUCCCCAGGGCGCUGUGUCUUACAGGGUGCUCGACUGAUCAACUAAGGCGAGAGUUGAAACGUA